AUGGUCAUUGAUACGGAGUUUGGAAACGAUUCUUGUCCCGAAUGCAGGACACCAUGUUCACCUAGAGAUUUACAGCAGGUCAACUUUAAACUGGCAAAUAUAGUGCAGUAUUAUAAAUCCUUGCAGGAACAUGAGAGCACCAAGAAGGUGAGCUGUACCUAUUGUAUUCAGUCUUCGGUCACAGCUGUGAAGACAUGCCUGCACUGCCAAGCUUCUUAUUGUAAGGAGCACCUGGAAUUCCACAGAAAAGGCAAGGAACAUGUUUUAGUUGACCCCACAGCAUCACAGCGGAGCAGAAAAUGCAUCAUCCAUGACGAAGUCUUAACAUAUUUUUGCAUAAAGGACCAGACAUGCAUUUGUACAUCUUGCAGCGUGGUCGGAGAACACCAAGACCACCAGACUGAGGUCCUGCAAAAAGCCUCUCUGAGUAAAAAAGAGCAAUUAAAAAAACUUCUUGAAAGCUUAAAAUUAGAGCAGGAAUUUUUUAAGGGAAGAGCUAAAGUUUUGCUGGGCGUUCUCAAACAAACGCAAGAAAAAGUAGUAAUGUUGAAAAACGACAUACAAGUCAUGUACAGCGAACUCCGUGAAUGUGUCGUAGACGCUCAUGUCAGUGUCAUGAGUGAGGUAAGGAUACACAUGGGGCAGGUCUCAAAUCAGAUUUCUGGCGAAAUUUCUUCUGUACAAAAAAGAGCGGCCAAGCUGUCCCAGGACAUAGGACAUCUUCAGACCGCCUGCAGCAAAAUGGACCCCUUCCUUAUUUUACAGGACAAAGUGUGGAGUGCCUUCAGAGCAGAACCCGAUGCAGCUCCACCAGUCCUGGGCUUGGACAUGUUACUGAUUGGCUUAAUCUCACAGAGAACCAUAGAACGUCUUUCAGACCAUCUACCACAACUGUCCAGUCUUUUGGUACGUUUACAUUACGAAGCCAACCUCUUACUGAAUGAAGCCACGGCCAGUCGUUUUCUUACCCUCUCUGCUGAUCUAAAAACUGUUAAGUACUCCAGGAAAAAACUUUGCCGAGAACCCAUGCCAAGCAGGUUUGAAACCAGUCAGGUCCUUAGUAUCUCAUCUUUCUCCUCUGGAAAAUACUUUUGGGAAGUGAGAACCAGUCACACUGGAGUGAAAGCCGUUGGCGUGGCCUAUCCUACCAUAGAAAGAAGAGGUUUAAAGGCUUUUUUAGGAUAUAAUGAGAAGUCCUGGUGCUUGAUCUGGGAGAAAGACUGCAUUGAAGUAUGCCACAACUCAGAUUGCAAGCAGAUUGUAUCUAAUGAUUCCAGCAUGAGUGCCGUUGGAGUAUUUUUAGAUUACGAGGCUGGACAGCUUUCAUUCUAUAGACUUUGUUCACAAGUGGAGCAUCUACACACCAUCACAGCCAAGUUCUCCGAGCCUCUGCAUUCUGCCUUCUAUGUAGUUGAUGGUUGGAUCAAGAUCAACUCCAAAAAGCAAUGCAAAUAG